AUGCACCUGUCCAGCAGAACUUACCCAGAAAAGGUGGUUGCAUUGUUGAGCGUAAACAAACUGCUGAACUUGGCAACAAAUUACAGCAUCAAAGUGAUCAGUCCAAGCGCUAAUCUGAUAAUGGCAGAAGACACUCGACAGGAGAAGAGAGCCAGUUUCUCCAACGGGAUGAUGCCCAGGACCUCUGUGGCCUCGGGCAAAGCAGGAGCCUCCAAGAAAAUAGUUAUUAAAAAUUUCAAAGAUCGGCCAAAACUGUCAGAGAAUUACACUGAAGACACAUGGCUUAAACUACGAGAAGCGGUGAAUGCGAUCCAAAACAGCACUUCGAUCAAGUACAAUCUAGAGGAGCUUUAUCAGGCAGUGGAAAACCUGUGUUCCUACAAAGUGUCUCCAACACUGUACAAGCAGCUUCGUCAGGUCUGUGAAGACCAUGUGCAGGCUCAGAUUCUCCAGUUCAGGGAAGAGUCUUUAGACAACCUCUCUUUCCUGAAGCGAAUGAAUCACUGCUGGCAGGACCACUGCAGGCAAACUAUAAUGAUCCGCAGUAUUUUUCUGUUCCUUGAUCGUACCUAUGUUCUUCAGAAUUCUCUGCUCCCUUCAAUUUGGGAUACAGGCCUAGAGUUGUUCCGCACACACAUUGUGAGUGAUAUAGCUGUUCAGAAACGUACAGUGGAUUGUAUUUUGGAGCAAAUUGAGCUUGAGCGAAAUGGAGAAACUAUAGACCGCAGUCUCCUCAGGAGUCUGUUGGGCAUGCUGUCCGACCUGCAGGUUUAUAAAGAAGCAUUUGAGGAGCAGUUUUUGACUGAGACCAACCGUCUGUAUGCAGCGGAGGGACAACGAUUGAUGCAGGAAAGAGAUGUGCCAGAGUAUUUGCAUCACGUGGCUCGGCGGCUUGAGGAGGAGAAUGAUCGUAUUGUGAGCUACCUUGAUCAAAGCACCCAGAAACCACUUGUUAGCUGUGUUGAAAAGCAGCUACUAGGAGAACAUAUGACCGCAAUACUUCAGAAAGGCUUGAGCAUAUUGUUGGAUGAAAACCGUGUCACUGAGCUGGCUCUUUUAUACCAGCUCUUCAGUAAAGUCAAAGGAGGACUUCCCACACUGCUGCAGUUUUGGCGCGAGUACAUCAAGUUGUUUGGCAGUGAGAUUGUCUGUACGCCAGAGAAGGACAAAGACAUGGUGCAGGAGCUGCUCGACUUUAAAGACAAAAUGGACAAUGUGGCCCAAAAUUGUUUUUCUCGCAGCGAGGGUUUCAUCAAUGCAAUGAAAGAAGCCUUUGAAACUUUCAUCAACAAAAGGCCCAACAAACCCGCUGAACUUAUCGCAAAGUAUGUCGACUCAAAGCUAAGGGCAGGAAACAAGGAGGCGACUGAAGAAGAGCUGGAGCGAAUCCUGGACAAGAUAAUGAUAAUAUUUCGCUUUAUUCAUGGAAAGGAUGUGUUUGAGGCUUUUUACAAGAAAGACCUUGCCAAGCGACUGCUGGUUGGGAAGAGUGCAUCUGUAGAUGCAGAGAAGUCCAUGCUCUCCAAGCUUAAACAUGAGUGCGGAGCCGCUUUUACAAGUAAAUUAGAGGGCAUGUUUAAAGAUAUGGAGCUGUCUAAAGAUAUAAUGAUUCAAUUUAAACAGUAUAUUCAGAACCAGAGUGAACCCAGCAACAUCGAGCUCACUGUGAACAUUCUCACGAUGGGUUAUUGGCCUUCGUACACCCCCAUGGACGUGCACCUGCCCACUGAGAUGGUGAAACUCCAGGAGGUUUUUAAGCUCUUUUAUUUGGGCAAGCACAGUGGGAGGAAACUGCAGUGGCAGCCCACGCUGGGUCAUGCUGUCCUCAAGGCAGAGUUUAAAGAGGGGAAGAAGGAGGUCCAGGUUUCUCUGUUCCAAACACUGGUUCUGCUGAUGUUCAAUGAGGGAGAGGAAUUCAGUAUUGAGGAAAUCCGCACAGCUACAGGCAUAGAGGAGGGAGAGCUCAGACGCACGCUGCAGUCGUUGGCUUGUGGAAAAGCCAGAGUCCUCAACAAAAUCCCCAGAGGGAAAGAUGUGGAAGAUGGAGAUCGAUUCAACUUCAACAGUGAUUUUAAGCAUAAACUUUUCCGCAUCAAGAUUAACCAGAUUCAGAUGAAAGAAACGGUGGAGGAGCAGGUCAGCACCACAGAGCGCGUGUUUCAGGACAGACAAUAUCAGAUUGAUGCGGCUGUCGUUCGAAUCAUGAAGAUGAGAAAGACUCUGAGCCACAACCUCCUCGUCUCUGAGCUCUACAACCAGCUCAAGUUUCCUGUCAAGCCGGGGGAUCUGAAGAAGAGGAUUGAGUCUCUCAUCGACAGAGACUACAUGGAGCGGGACAAAGAGACCCCAAACCAGUACCACUAUGUUGCCUGA